AUGACUCCCCGAGAUUUAUUUCGCUGGGCUGAUCGUUACAAAAGAUUUGGAAAAUCCUAUGAAGAUUUGGCCAAAGAUGGUUAUUAUCUUUUGGCUGAAAGAUUACGGGAUGAGAGUGAAAGGUCCAUUGUUCAAGAAAUUCUAGAGAAACAUCUGCGGGUUAAACUAAACAGAAACAUUAUCUAUGAUCAGAUGAUAUGUGAGGGGAAGCACUCUUUCAAACUCUCUGUUGAUUCUGGAUGUUCAAAGAGUCUUGAACGUUUUAACUUGACCAAGAGCAUGCAGAGGUUGUACUUCCUUGUUGAACGCUGCUACCAAUUGCGUGAGCCUGUGCUGCUUGUUGGGGAAACUGGUGGAGGAAAGACUACUGUCUGUCAGCUUCUAAGUGCUUGUUUGCAGAUGAAGUUACAUAUCUUGAAUUGUCAUCAGUAUACCGAAACAUCUGAUUUUAUUGGGGGGUUCCGGCCUGUCCGAGAAAGAUCUAGACUGAUAUCCAAGUAUGAAGAAAUAGUGGAACACUUGAAGAAGUUAAAGGCUUAUACCUGUUUUCCUCAAGGCCUUUGUGUUUCCUCUGACAUAGAUCAUGCUUCUUCGACCCUUGGUUUGCUGAAUGGUGUAAUAAGGAAAUAUAGAGAAGGUCAAGUUUGUUGUCCUGAUGUCACCAUGGAUGAUCUUUAUGCUUUUGAGCAGUUGAGGUUGGACCUAGAUGAGCUUCAUCAUGAGUGGCAGAGUAUAUUUGUAUGGCAGGAUGGGCCCCUUGUGAAAGCAAUGAGAGAUGGUGAUCUCUUUCUUGUGGAUGAGAUAUCUCUGGCUGACGACAGUGUGCUUGAGAGAUUGAAUAGUGUAUUAGAGCCCGAAAGGAAACUGUCUUUGGCUGAGAAAGGGGGGCAUGAUCUGGAGGAGGUUUGUGCUCACCCAAAAUUUUUUGUUCUUGCGACCAUGAACCCUAGUGGUGAUUAUGGUAAGAAGGAGUUAUCUCCAGCAUUGCGCAAUCGCUUCACUGAAAUAUGGGUUUCCCCUGUUAGUGAUUUAGAUGAACUUCGAGAGAUUGCUUUGACAAGAAUUUCAAAGUUUGAAGAUGCAAGCGACUCAUGUCCUUCUGAUCGGGAUAAACUCUCAAGCGGUGAUAUUGUUGAUGUUAUGAUAUGUUUUUGGGAGUGGCUCAACCAAUUGCGUCCUGAUAGAAUGCUUACUGUGAGAGAUCUCAUUUCUUGGAUUGCUUUUUUCAAUGUGACGGAAAGAAGUCUGGGACCUGAAUAUGCAGUUCUUCAUGGAGUAUUCCUUGUGCUGCUUGAUGGAUUGAGUUUAG